UGCAAAGAUGGUGGAGGCAUUAGACAUGUUGACCUUUCGCCGCUAACAAUAAUCUCGUAUUUAGUUCACCAAAUUUGAUGCUUUGACAACAGCGAAGACCAUUCGACCAGGGAUUGUGAUGGGAGAAUUUGGAGAAACGAGAAAGGGACAAAACCUGGAGACGAUAAUUUCGAAGCUUUCUAAGGAGCAGCCGAACGGGAGACGAAACAGCUUUAUGCUGAUUUCAGGUAUAGACCAUUCAAAUGUCAUGUUUCACCUUGGGAAUGGAGGGCAUGAGUCCGAGGGGGAGGAAAGUGAACCAGACCUAUUUCAGUGUGGGAAAUGCAAACGAAUGUUUACCAGCUUACAGAAAUACCUGAAACACAAAGCAGCCAAGGAUUGCAUUCAGCUUCAAACUCACGGACAGACAAAUGCAAUCAGUCCUGUUACGAACGGAGAGGUUUUCGACAGUCCUGAUGAAAAUAGCUCCAUUCACAGUCCCACAAGAAGGAAACACGACAGAAAAGGGAUCGCUCGUCGAGUGUCCAACUUCUCCUCUGAAGGAGAAUCCGUGAGUCCAGAUAUUCCAAUAGUCGUUCCCGAACAAGUUUACAGCGUCCCACCAUCCUCUUUCCCAGUUCAUAUAGAAGCCCCUCCCACCUCCAACUUCCAUGACUUCUCCAACCCUGUUGUAAGCAUCUCUGUUGCAGAAGCCCUUCGUUCGCAUAGCCCUGUGGUAGUCCAACCUACGCCUAAUUUUAACUCUUGGAAUGGAACUGUAAGUGAACAGGCCGAUAGUGUGAACCCGCCAACUAUGGCGACCAGCGUCUAUGCGCAGAUGCCGUCCGCUACAGUGGUGAAUCCCGUACCAGCUCUUUCCCUCCAACACCCCAAUCAGACAUCUCCAGCACCCAAUAUUGGCUCGUCACACGUGGACCAGCAGUGGACUGGGCCGAGGUUGAGAGGGCCAACAGCCAUCCAACCAGCUGCUUCCCCCCAGGCUCCAGUGCACAUGACGAGGAGCAAAAAUGGACUGGGACAGCCUCCGCCACUUGUGGUACAUCUUAAGGACAGAGGUCGACCUGUGCGUGCCAAGGAAACUGGUUUAACAGAGGAAGAACUUACAGAGGAGUUUGUGACGUCCUCCGGUCAGAAGGUUUACAGAUGUAAAAAAUGCGACAAGGAGUUUUCUUUCUCGAGUCGUUUAAAACGCCACCUUGUGGUGCACACGGGUGCGCGGCCGUUCGAGUGUCACGUUUGUUCACGUCGCUUCACACAAGCCGUGGACCUCAAGCGUCACAUGCUACGUCACAGCGGUCAAAAACCGCACGUGUGUCACUUCUGUGGGAAGCAGUACACUCGAGGAGAUCGGCUUAAAGUGCACUUGUUAUCACACACGCAAGAAGAUAAUUCGGAGAAGCCCUAUAGUUGCUCAAGGUGCAGUGCCACUUUCUACGAGGCAGAGGAACUGCGACUGCAUGUGUGUGAAUUUCAAGAUGGCGCACAGCUGGUAGGAGGUGAUGUUGCGCUCAGUGACGCUUAUGGAGAGGAGCGCGGAGGUAAGGCGGCUCGCACAGGAAAGAAUUUUUCGUGCGAAGAGUGCAACUCCAGCUUCACCAAGUACACUUCUCUCAAGUCGCAUCUUCUUAAGCACACUGGUGAAAAGAAGUACAAAUGUGAGCAUUGUAACAAAACUUUCUUCAGCUCUAGUAGUUUAAAAAUCCAUGUGCGCGUUCACACUGGCGACCGACCAUUUAAGUGCAAGGAAUGCCCGAGGAAGUUCAGUGACCCGUCGAACUUCAACAAACAUAAACGCUGGCACGCCAAACAAAAGGGCCCGAGUACACCGUCGGCAACAUUGUCGAGCAUCUCCGAGAACAGCUCGUCUUCCGACGAUAAGUUAAAGAGAGACGCUAUCGAUGCCGAAGAAAACGGAUCGGGGCCGACCGAAAACGAAGUACCAGCCGAAGAAUCUGUUGCCACGGAGGGUAACGGGAAAGGAGAGUUGCGAGAAGACCUUUUCCCUGGGACGAGCCAAGAUAUGGAAACUGAAGAGACUGGAGGGUUUAAUUCGCCAGAAGCAUUGCUGAAUAUGGGAUCCGAAUGCGAAACUAGUGUAAAACAAGAGGUGACAGACUAGUUAGGAAACUCGCGAUCCAUGCUAGUAUCUGAGCAAAUGCGCUACCCUUCCCCUAACCCAACAUUAUCCCUAACUUGUUAUCAGUUUACUUUUGUUGUGUUAGAGUUUGGUGCGCAGUUCAUAUUCAUUGAUUGAAACUCAUUAUACAUUUAAUUUCUUAAAUAUUACUCUCCUAUUUAUGUGAAUUGGCUUUGCAUUUUACAAUGGUAAUUUAAGCUAGCUUUAAAAGUGUAUCCAAACAUCGUUUAAUGCAAGCGCUCCACUUCAAUUACAAUGCAUUGAUAUUCAUUUAACGUAUUAGCAAAUAUAUCGGAUUAGGUUUUUGAAAUAGUAGACAUAAAUUUGAUUCUAUAUAUUAGAUAUAUUAUUAUUAUUAUUAUUAUUAGUAUUAUUAUUAUUAUUAUUAUUAUUAAAUGAGCAAAAUAACUGGAGCAGAAGACCUAUGAUUUUGCUUAGAAUAUAAAGCCUCAAUUCGAUGCACUCGAAGUUUCACAUCGUUUUUUUCGUGCAGUGGAGUGCAACCUCAGAUACGACGCUAUUUUGCCUUAAGCUUAAAAGCAGGGUGAAGUGUAGGGAAGUGCGUUUAACCCCCACCCCACCCCCUUCCUUCACCUUCCUUUUCCUCCCCCUACAUUUUGUCGAGAAUCUAUGACAAAAGAAUCUAGAAUGUGUUCUCAAUGAACUUUAACUCUCCGAUUAUCCCUCGGGCGUAGACGGGGCGGCGGG